UUGGGAUGUUCAGCUUUCUUUGACAACAAAAGGAUAGCUCGAUGUCAGGAACCUUGACCCUAGAUGUGUUCAGUCGUCAGGUCCUCAUUUUGUACUUAGUCUGUGCAAGGCUUAAAUGUGUUUCAGAUGACGUCCCAACAUGGUAUGACCCAACAAGAGUAGAGUGUGUGUGUGUUACGAGGUCCUCAUAUUGUUGGGUAGCAGAUAUUUUAGUUUUAACUAUUUCUAUAGAUCCUUACAUAAAAACGCCCAGAUCCACGUUUGAAUUAUUUUCCUUGCAACUGUGGUCCCUACAUGCAUAGUCAAUGCAGCAAAGUAUAAUAUAUCCUAAUUCCACGUUUAAGUCCUGUGUUUAUACAAAAUAAUAUUUAUUGUUCAUCAUUUCAUUCAAGGCAAGCAAGUCCUCUGGAACUGUCCCCUUCCACCAGUGUCCUACUGCAGAGCAGCUUAGAAAAAUCUGCCGUCUAAAAAAUCUGAAGCGCCAUCAUGGUCGUUGUGAAGAUCGUUACCAGGAGGCUCAAAAAGAGAUAGCCAAGAGAUCUUUGAUUCAGGUCACCAGAAUUAAUUAUUCGACCUCCACUGACUUAUUUGAGGAAUCUUCGGAUGCUACGGACUUUGAUGAUGCUGACUAUGUUCCAGCCUCAUGUGGCAAUUCCUCGGAUGCUUCAAUUAUAAGUACUGCUAGUCAAGAACUCAAAAUCAUGAAGGGGGAUGGUGCCACCAGUUCAGAGGUACCUAGAACAUUGAGUUCUUCAAAGAUGAGCAGCAAUCAUUGUGCUUCAGUGAUAAGCUGCAGUGCCAAUUCAUUAAAGAAACCAUCACAGCAGAAAAGCUCCAUAAAUGUCACACCAUUGCCAAUAAAAGCAAAAGGAAGCAAGUACAACAAGAAGCAAUUUUGUCUUUAUUGUAAAAAGGCCAUUUCUAAAUUGGCAAGACAUCUUGAAUCCGUGCACAGUGAAGAGCCUGAUGUUGCAAUGGCUUUCAGUUUUGAUAAAAGAUCCCGCAAAAGAAGCGAGUUGUUACGCUCUAUUAAGAAGAGAGGAAACUUUGACCAUAAUGCUGAAGUGGCAAGCUGUGGCACUGGAGAGAUGGUUGCUUGUAGAAGACCCAGUACUGCAAAACAAUCUGAUGACUUCCGUCACUGCAAAUUUUGCGAAGGACUGUAUGCAAGAAACUCUUUAUGGAGACAUGUGAGAAACUGCCCGAAAAAGACUGUUGAGGAAGAGCCUCAAGUUGGCCGAAAAAGGAUUCAAAUGCACUUACCAAGACCUGACUCAGUUAAGGAAACUGUUUGGAAGAUUGCUUGUGAAAUGAACCAGGAUGACGUUUCUUCGGUUGUAAGGAGUGAAACUGUGAUCCUUUGUAUCGGCGAGUCACUGUUCAAUUCCAGGAAACCGUAUGAAAGAAGGAAUGACUACAUACGCCAAAAAAUGAGAGAGAUGGCAAGACUAUUGAUAACGGCAAGAGCUAUAACACCUUUGAAGAGCACCGAAGACCUUGUUAUGCCUUGUAACUUUCCGCAUGUGAUACAGGCAGUUAGAUCUGUUGCUGGUUAUGAUGUCGAAAGCAACUCAUAUAAAAUCCCAUCAUUGGCUUUGAAAUUGGGACACAGUUUAGCCAAAGUUGCAGGCAUUGUGCAAUGCAAUGCCAUCAUUGCAAAUCGCCCUGCCGUUGCGGAGUCUGCAAAGCAAUUUGCCACUCUACAUCAGAAAAAGUGGACAGAGUCCAUUUCUGCUGCCGCAUUGGGAACACUUCAACAAGCCAAAUGGAAUAAACCACAGGUUUUACCCUUUACAGAGGAUGUGUCGGUGCUGCACAAGUUUCUUGCUGCUGAGCGUGUUAAGCGCAUGAAGGACCUUGAGGAAGAACCCAACAGCAAAAGCUUUGGAAAUCUUGCUAAAGUGACUUUGACGCAGGUAGUACUAUUUAACAGAAGGCGGGAAGGUGAAGUUUCAAAAAUGGAGCUUCAGACUUUCACAUCCAGGGAUCGUACAGAGCUGAAUCCAGACAUUGUGAGGGGCCUUACCGACUUCGAGAAGAAGCUUGCAGAGCACUUUGAGAGAGUUGAGAUUCGUGGUAAAAGGUCAAGAAAGGUUCCAGUGCUUCUAACCCCCGACAUGAUCGCUGCUAUGGACCUCCUAAUGAAAAGCAGGAAAGAGUGUCAAGUCCACAAAGAAAAUGUGUACAUGUUUGCACGGCCAGGUGUCCUUUCCCAUUACAGAGGCUCUGACUGCUUUCGUAAGUAUGCAAAGCAAUGUGGUGCAAAGAACCCAGAGGCUCUCACCUCAACAAGAUUGCGGAAACAAGUGGCCACUUUGUCCACACUACUAAAUCUCAAAGAAAAUGAAAUGGAUCAACUUGCCACCUUUCUAGGACACGACAUCCGUGUCCAUAGAGAAUUCUAUCGGCUUCCAGAGAGUACCCUUCAGCUCGCAAAAGUCAGCAAACUCCUGAUAUCACUCGAAAAAGGAAGACUGCCUUACCUGCAGGGGAAAGGGCUGGAUGACAUUGAGGUCAAUCCUGAAGAUGAAGUAGAAAUGAGUGAUGAUUCCAGCGAAGAAAACGUUGCUGACCUACAUCAAUGCAAAGGCUCAAUAACUGAGACUGCUAGCGACCAGACACUUCUGAGGCACACUCCUGAGUCAACCAGCCUGGACAACAUGGAGGGCAUUUCCGAGUCAACCACCCUGGACAACAUGGAGGGUACUUCCGAGUCAACCACCCUGGACAAUAUGGAGGGCACAUCUGAGUCAAUCACCCUGGACAACAUGGAGGGCACUUCCGAGUCAACCAGCCUGGACAACAUGGAGGGCACUCCUGAAUCAACCACCUUGGAUGACGUAAACAUGAGUCACAAAAUAGUCACAUCCCAAGCUUCUUCAAAGGGCUCCAAAAGAAAGCAAGCUGUGAAGGUGAGAAGCAAGUGGACCGGUGAGGAAGUGAAGGCUGUUGAGCGCCAUUUGCUUAACUUCAUUACAAGCUGCAGAAUACCUGGCAAAAAGGACUGUGACUCCUGCCUCCAGGCAGAGCCAGUAGCUCUGAAAGACCGAGACUGGGUUGCCAUCAAGUACUACGUACACAACAGAAACGUAGCAUUAAAAAGGAAGAUGACUAGGUAGAUCCAUUCCAAUUGAUCUUGUUUUUUGCUUGUAUUUUUUUUGCUGGCACUCAAUAAAAGUAAGCAAUGCAAAAAGUGUUCCGCCUUUUUUUAUUACGUGAAUAUUUGCUACGAAUUUUUAUAUAUUGUCACAAAUAACAAUAAUACGACUUAAACAGUAGACUGAGAAUAUAUUAUAUUUAAGAGCUAUGUGAACAUGGAUAAUCCUUUCUGUUGAAGGUUACCCGGGCUGUCUGGGGUUUUGACAUUUCUACAUAUAUAACCGGACCCCAGUUAAAAUACAGAUCCUAUUUUGUGUAUUCUAGGGUCUUUAUAAUUCACAUUAACCUGAAAAUAGAGUGUGUGUGUGUGGGCUGGUUGCUAUGGGCCUUAUAAGUCACAUAAACCUGAAAAUAGAGUUUGUGUGUGUAUGGGCUGGUUGCUAUGGGCCUUAUAAGUCACAUAAACCCGAAAAGGUCCUCAUAUGUAGCAUUAAAAUCAGGUCUGAACAAAAAUAUAGCCCUAGCCUAAAUCUGAAUAGAUGGUUGCAUUCCUAGAAUCAAGGAAUGGAAAUAUUCUGAUUCCCAGGUCUCGUGGACCUUGGGAAAGGCAUGUCCCAAUUUGUCACGUUUUUUUCAUAAGUCCUGAUAUAGUCUAUAAACGCGUAUGUGUGUGUGUGUGUGUGUGUGUGUGUGUGUGUGUGUGUGUGUGUGUGUGUGUGUGUUCGUGCCUGUGUUGAGAAUUAUUAGACCUCCGCUCUCUGUCCAUGGUGCUGCAACACCAUGUCGAAAUGAAGUGAAGCGUUGUCUUUUUGCCCUCCAAAAUUCAUCGUGAACGUGAUAUGUAGGCCUAGGUUGUAUUUUGGAGACAGAGAGAGAGUGAGAGUGAGAGAGAGGGGGAGCGAGCGAGGUAUAAAACUAUUUUUCCUAUUCGGCAUAUUGAACCGUCGGCCUAAUGCGCCUCCUUUUCGAAAAGUCGGACUAACGGACCUUCGGACCAAUGGGUUUCGUUUUCGGAACAUUGAACCGUCGGAAUAGUGGCAUGUCGAUCUAAUGGGAAAUAUUUCGGAACAUUGAGACGUCGAAACAAUGAGGCGUCGGAAUUACGGCAUGGCACCAUU